AUGAAAGCAACCUUUUUUCUGGCGUGCCUUCUCGCGGGAGUCCUCGCUUCCCAGGCGGAUUUGUUCCCCAAGCGCAUGGAUGCCAAUGCAUUCCGCAUGUCUUUCGGAAAACGAAGUGUAAGCUAUCACAAUUUUGAUUCGACUACUUUAGAUUUUCGAUCGGUUUGUUUCAGGUGGGAUCUCCAGUGGAGGAAAAGCGUAUGGACCCGAAUGCAUUCAGAAUGUCCUUCGGAAAACGGUCUGCGGAGGCGGGAGGACAAAACGCCCUGACACAGGAAAACAAGGGACAGGCCGAGGAUGUCUACGACGACACCAGAAUUGAGGAGGCGAAACGCAUGGAUGCCAACGCAUUCCGCAUGUCAUUUGGAAAACGCUCGGUACGCUUUGCACUAAUUUGACGAGCUAGUCUAUUCUCUUUAUUUUUAGGCACUCGAGGAUCAGUUGGAAGGUGUGGAUGAGGACGACUACUUGGUUCCGGAGCAGAAGAGAAUGGACGCGAACGCGUUCCGCAUGUCGUUCGGAAAGCGAGUCAACCUGGACCCGAACAGCUUUCGCAUGAGCUUCGGCAAGAGAAGUGUGAGUUUACAACAAAAGUUGGGAGAUCGACUUCAAUGUAAAUCUUUUUCAGACCGUCGGGUACCACAAUUUGGACGCUCGGAACUACUUCGUUGGCCUGGGACGUCGUUGA